GUCAAGUGAAAAAUUCUACAAUAAAAAAAAAAUAAUUUGUUCUGCAUUAAUUGAAAUAAAUUAAAAUCAAUCAAGAUGGUCGUUAACUUUAAAGUUUAUAAGAAGAGUUCCCCAAACAACAAAGUUCAUUUGUAUAUGGGAAAGCGUGAUUUUGUCGACCAUAUUUCAGCAGUGGAACCAGUUGAUGGAGUUAUUGUUUUAGAUGAGGAAUAUAUGCAUGAUCGUCGUAAGAUUUUCGGUCAAUUAAUUUGUAGCUUCCGUUAUGGACGUGAAGAGGAUGAAGUGAUGGGAUUAAAUUUCCAAAAGGAAUUGUUCUUAGCAUCGGAACAAGUCUAUCCAAAAUCUGAAAAAUGUGAUCCAUUAAAGCCUCAAAUGUCAAAACUUCAAGAACGUUUGAUGAAAAAAUUGGGACCAAAUGCAUUCCCAUUUACAUUCACCAUUCCUCCAUCGGCUCCAGCAUCGAUUACAUUACAGCAAUCUAAGAGUGAAUCUGGUGAGCCAUGCGGUGUUCAAUAUUACGUAAAAAUAUUCGCUGGCGAAUCGGAAACUGAUAGAUCUCAUCGUCGUUCGACUGUAUCAUUGCAAAUAAGAAAAGUUCAGUAUGCUCCAAGUAAGCAAGGCAAUCAACCAUGUACUGUUGUACGUAAAGAUUUCAUGUUGUCACCAGGCGAAUUGGAAAUGGAAGUAACUUUGGAUAAACAACUCUAUCAUCAUGGCGAGAAGAUCUCUGUUAAUUUAUGCAUAAGAAAUCACUCAAAUAAGGUUGUCAAGAAAAUCAAAGCAAUGGUCCAACAAGGUGUUGAUGUUGUCUUGUUCCAAAAUGGGCAAUAUAGGAAUACGAUUGCAUCGAUUGAGACUGCAGAAGGUUGUCCAUUGCAACCAGGCAGCUCAUUGCAAAAAGUCAUUUAUCUUCACCCGUUAUUGGCAUGUGUGGAAAGUAAGAGAGGAAUUGCAUUGGAUGGACAGUUGAAGCAUAAUGAUACCAAUUUGGCAUCAACGACUUUACUCGCCUCACCAGACCAACGAGAUGCAUUCGGUAUAAUUGUAUCAUAUGCUGUAAAAGUCAAACUCUUCCUCGGUGCUUUGGGUGGUGAAUUGACAGCUGAACUUCCAUUCGUCUUAAUGUUCCCUAAACCGACCAUCAAAGGAAAGCUCGUUGUCCAAGACUCGCAAGCUGACGUGGAAACAUUCAGACAGGAUACAAUUAUGGAUCCAGAAGACGAAUAAACGUUUAAAAUGGACAUACUUAUUCAAUAUAUUUUCAUCCAUGACAAUUUUUAAGUUUAUAAAUUAUUACAUUUUAAUAUGAAACAUUAUUUUUUAAAACGUAUGAGAAAUGAGGAAUCUGUUGAUGAUUGGAUUUAUAAAGCUAUAGAUUUCACAAUGAUAUUUGAGAAAUUGUUAGCUUACUAGCAGUAAAGUAAUUAAUGAUAGGAUAUUUUAGAGAAAAAAGUGAUAAAAGAAUAGAUGUGACUAUAUAAUUUUGUUAGACUAGAUGUGACUGUAUGCCAGAUUAUUUGUCAUUAUAUAUGGUUGAAGAAUAGCUUUAUUAGAUCAUGCUAAGAUUGUUGAGGUUAAGGAUGACUAUGGUUGAUCGUUGACAACUUGUAGUGUUCGUAAUUCAACAUAUCUUAUUAAAUUUGGUCAUAGCUACUCAAAUACGAUCAAACAGUCAUUUCAGAACAUAUAAAUCUACAUAGGACAUUAUCGGUUAUAAACCAAUUUAAAAUAGUCCAUGCUAGACUAUAACUGAGCAUAUUUAACUUAAAUUGAUUAACAUUGAGGCUAUAUUACACGAUAAGUAGGAAACCUGUGUAGUUAUGUGGUAGAAAACUUAAGAAUCAUCGUUUUAGCCAUUUAUCGAUGUUCUAAGUUCCUGAAAUGUGAAAUGUAACGUUUGUAAUUUUAUAUGAAGAAAUAGACAGGAAUGCCUUAGAAAUGUGAAUUCUUAAAUGUAUUGGAUGCUUUUAAACUAUCAAAAGUAGUCAAACUAUAUCAAUUCUUGGUAUUGAUCCAUCGGAGUCAAUUAAAAUGACCUCAACCUUAUAUAAAUCAUAUUUAUUUACACUAUGAACAACCUAAGAAAAGCUAAAGUUAAAAGAAACUUAAGCGAACGACGAAAAAUCUAUUCCAAGGGAUUGGAACUAUUCAAUUAAUAUUCGAUGUCAGAUAAAUAAUCAUUUUUGAAUAGUUGCACACCCUUGAUCUAUUCCAAUUAGUAAAAUGUGCUAUUAAAAUUCUCACAUAAAAUUUAAAUAUCAGCAAAAUAUCCCUUUUAUGAAACAAUCAAGAUUGAAAUUAUCUAGUCAAUAAUAAUAUGAAAUCUGAAAUUAUAAAUUAUCUGUAUGAUAUCCUGUGCAAUAAAUUAGAAUAAUCCAAAAUUAAAUUCACCAUAAAAUCAAACAACGACUUGUCAAAAUUAUUUUUUUCUCACUUAAUUUAUUUCACUUUUUUUCUUUCAUUUCAUUUUUUAAAAACGUAUAAAUUAAUGGAUUGAUUUACCAUAUUCUACGACUCAAUAUUAUAGACAAAACUUCUUCAUUUACUCUCUCGUCUUUAUGAUUCUUCAUGUUGUGCCAAAAAUUUUCUAAACAAUUUCCUUUUCAGUUUUCAUCUCUAUUUCCUUUCAUUCAUGUUAAUAAGUUUUAUAUUUUUUUUCUUUCUUAUUCUUCAGUGGAAGUGCUCAAGAUUCGUUAAUCAUCAAAAUGUAAUAAGUUCAAUUUAUAUUCCACAACGGUUUUCAUUUACUAACGAUUAUUUUUCUGUGUAAUUUUUUCAUUAUAAAUUUUCCUUUUUUUUACUUUGUUAAAAUGUUUAUGUUUAAAGCAUAAAGUAUUUUCAGCUUAGUAGGGCUUCAAUGCUAUGACAUUUUGGUAUUCAUA